AUGGUCUUCCGAUUCCCCAAAACCCUCGAUCCGAUCACCCUCUUCCACUCUCCCAGCCUCCAAUCGUCCACAAAAGCGCUCAACAUCCUCAAGGCCGCAUCGGCAGCGGCAAGCGCCGCGGACAGUCCCGUUGGGCGCGGCGAGUUCCAACUCGAAAUCACGACUGCUCCCCCGACGACAGAUCAGCUGCGGAACAUCCUUGACUAUGUCAGCGGUGACCCGAGUUUAGUUGGCAAGGUCGGCGGGCCGACGUAUGCUGUUUCAGAGAUUGUGAAGGGGGCAAAGAAUGCAGAGGAUGCAGUGAAGAAAUUCAAGGAGGAUGAAACGCGUUUUGUGCGGCCGAUUACGGUGGAUUGGACGAACGGACAGGCCGUUGUUGGAGACAAUGAGAGUGAGAUCCUGAAAAUGGUCAGGCAGGCGAAUGACUAA